GGACGCCGGACAGGGGCCGGGGCAGGAUGGAAGGGUUGGUGUUGGUGCUGUUGGAGGUUCUGUUUGUCACAGGCGGAUGGGCCAUGAACCAGGAGAAGCGACUGAUCCAGUACUUGUUCGAGGAGAACGGUUACAAUAAGAAGCUGCGGCCCGUGAACAACAAAGGGGACAGCGUUGAUAUCAACUUGGCCCUGACUCUCUCCAACCUCAUCUCGCUGAAAGAAGUCGACGAGACCCUCACCACCAACGUGUGGAUCGAGCACGGCUGGACGGACAGCCGGCUCGAGUGGAACCAGUCGGAGUUUGGGGACAUCAGCGUUCUGCGCCUGCCUCCUGACAUGCUGUGGCUCCCCGAGAUUGUUCUGGAGAACAACAAUGAUGGUUCCUUCCAGAUCUCCUACGCGUGCAACGUCCUGGUCUACCCGAACGGCUACGUGUACUGGCUACCGCCUGCCAUCUUCCGCUCCUCCUGUCCCAUCAGCGUCACCUACUUCCCCUUUGACUGGCAGAAUUGCUCCCUCAAGUUCAGCUCUCUGAUGUACACAGCCAAGGAAAUCACGUUGCACCUGAAGCAGGAAGAGGACAAAGAGGCUAAGCGCUUCUAUCCUGUAGAGUGGAUCAUCAUUGACCCGGAAGGUUUUACUGAAAAUGGGGAGUGGGAGAUUGUGCACAGGCCAGCACGGAAGAACAUUGACCCCAGAGCCCCCCUGGACAGCACUGGCCGCCAAGACAUCACCUUCUAUCUCAUAAUCCGGCGCAAGCCACUCUUCUACGUCAUCAACAUCCUGGUGCCCUGCGUGCUCAUCUCCUUCAUGAUCAACCUCGUGUUCUACCUGCCCGCUGACAGUGGUGAGAAGACAUCGCUGGCCAUCUCCGUGCUGCUGGCCCAAUCUGUCUUCCUGCUGCUCAUUUCCAAACGCCUGCCGGCCACUUCCCACGCCAUCCCCCUCAUCGGCAAGUUCCUUCUCUUCGGCAUGGUUCUGGUGACCAUGGUCGUGGUCAUCUGUGUGAUCGUGCUGAAUAUCCACUUCCGGACACCCAACACCCACGUGCUCUCUGAGGGACUCAAGAAGCUGUUUCUGGAGACCCUCCCCCGGCUGCUCCACAUGUCCCAGCCAGCGGAGGAGGAGCAAGGUCCAGGAGGGAUCCAGGUGCGCCGGACCAGCUCCCUGGGCUACAUCGUCAAGGCCGAAGAGUACUUCACACUCAAGUCCCGCAGUGACCUUAUGUUCGAAAAACAGUCAGAGAGGCAUGGGCUGACAAGCCGCAUCACGCCUGCACGUAAACUCCCAGUGGGAUCAGAGGAAGCCCAGCAGCAGCUGUACGGUGAAAUGAAGCCUGCCUUGGAUGGAGCCAACUUCAUUGUCAUGCACAUGAGGGACAAGAAUGACUACAAUGAGGAGAAGGACAGCUGGAACCGGGUGGCCCGCACAGCGGAUCGGCUCUGCCUGUUCGUGGUAACACCCAUAAUGGUGCUGGGCGCGGCCUGGAUCUUCCUACAAGGCGCCUACAACCAGCCCCCAUCCCAGCCCUUCCCGGGAGACCCCUUCUCCUACUUGGAAAAAGACAAGCGCCUGAUCUAG